GCUCGGGGGUUGCCGAGGCGACGGUUAGGCGGCGGCGGCCGGGAAGGCUGAGCCUCGGAGGUGCGGAGACAUCCGCGUCUCCACAACCGCGGCGGCGAUGUCGCACGAGGGCUCGAGGCAGGAGAGGCAGGUCCGAGAUCGCGGGGUGACCAGAUCCAAGGCGGAGAAGGUGCGGCCCCCCACUGUGCCGGUACCACAGGUGGACAUUGUGCCCGGGCGCCUUAAUGAGGCAGAGUGGAUGGCGCUCAUGGCUCUGGAGGAGGGCGAGGACGUCGUGGGGGACAUCUUGGCGGAUCUGCUGGCUCGAGUGAUGGACUCCGCCUUCAAAGUCUAUCUGACCCAGCAGUGCAUUCCAUUCACGAUCAGUCAGGCCCGAGAGGCCAUGCUGCAGAUCACCGAGUGGCGCUUCCUGGCUCGGGACGAGGGGGAAUCUGCAGUAGCCAAGGACCCCACGUGGGGUGAAGACGAGGAGCCCUUGGCAUGCACCACGGACUCCUGGGCGCAGGGCUCCGUGCCGGUGCUGCACACGCCCGCUGCGGAGGGCAUGGACGAGACCCUCCAAGACGAAGAUCCUUUAGGAAAACCGUGGAUAGAGAGAGACUCCCAGGAAGAGGCGGAAUCUCAGGAGCUGAGAGUCACCCCAGGCCCCGUGCCCACCGCAGAGCUGUUUCAGGAGGCAGAGCCCGGAGGGUCUUUCGAGGAACCGGUCGACCAGAUGAGGGACCCACCCUCGUCGGCCGGGUCCUUGAGCGCCUGCUUCCAACCGUGUGCGGAGGGAGCGCCUGCGGACAGCCCUCCUACUCCUCCGGAGCUGUCCCGGUUAGCCAGUCCCCAGGCCUCGACCCCGAGUGGGCAGUUCCUCAAGUCUCAGUUGUCGCUCGAGGACCUCCGCUAUUGCACGUCCCAACCAGACGCGGCUGGGGACCGACCGGAGCUCAAGACUGCGGGAGCGCCGUACGUCGCCUCGGGGGUGUCGGCAUCCGGCACCUCUCUGGGCGACCCCACUCAGAUCAGCCCCUCAGCGUCCUUCCAGUCGCAGCAGCCCGGGGGCUGGAAUGCAUGGCCGAGGACGCCUCACCCCAGGCCAGGUCGCAAGCCUACGGUGGCUCGUCUGGACCCCGCGCGACUCCCGCGCCACUGGGUGCGCCCCCUGGCGGAGAUCCUGAUCCCAGACGAUGCGGGGCCCUUGGAAUCUUACCGCUGGCGCCCGCAGAGCGGGAAGACCGAAGGCCGGGACACAUCCCUAGGCUCAGACGCGGCCGCCCCGGUCUCCCCUGAAGCGUUCGUGCCUCUUAGGCUCGGGGUUCCUUCCCAGCGUUCCUUGGUCAAUGGCUCCGGACUGCAGUUCCACACUGUAAACUUAGGCCUACCGUCACCACCCUUCAGGUCCAAGAUCCCGUUCCCCAGCUCCGGGCUCCGCUUUCUCGCCACGCACCGGGCGCUCCCGGCUCUGCCCCACAGCUCCAGUCCCAAGCAGUGGCCCAGCGCCAAGUGGCCCAGAGGCUGGGAGGCCGAGGCCGAGCAGUUGUGCGAGCUUUGGGCCGGCCGCACGCGCGUGCCCCCGCAGGGCCCGAGGCCCACUGAGGAGGGCCAGGGUGCACGUGGGCGGGCCGAAACCCCACCCCACGUCCUGGCGCCCACGUCCCAGGUGCUCUGGAAGCCUUUGCUGCUGCCAGAGGCCGUGAGGCUGACUCCUGGUGUGAGCAUGUGGAGCCCAAACGCCCAGGUGCUACUUAGCUCGGCUGUGCCCCCACAAGAGAACAAAGACGGCUCCUGUUCGCCCUCUGAGCAGCACCCCAUCCAGACCAGUGCUCCCAGGCCCCAGGUGACCAUGGCGGAGCUGACUGGAAACUCAUCCCUCAGAGCCUGGUUGCUCCCCUCCAAGGCCUCGCGCCAACCUAAGCCCUGAGCCUCUGGCAGCGAAAGCUGAACUCCUCUCUACCUGCCUGCCAGAAAUAAACACCUGAGUCACCUUAGGAAUUGGUCUG